UCGUUAAAAUGCGAAUACCACUACAAGUAUGGUUAGGAAUUUGCCAUCUUUACUUAAUCGGUUCUCAGCUGCAGUGCACUAAAACUAGUCCUUAAUUCGGUUCCUGUGUCGAGCGAACAAAAUUAUUUCAAGAGGCUGACAAAUGAAAUGCUUCUUUCCCUUUAAAAGGCUUCCUAGUCGAUCAGGGAGAAUACGGCUCGGUAGUUCCUUACAGUCUAUCUGCUGAGAAUCCUGGCCGUCACAGCUGGCAAGAGCAGGGAAAAGAGAAACAAAAUAUUUUUUAGUGGCGUUAGCGUUCAGGACCCAUUCGUUGCGGACAGCUCAUUUGGGACGGAGUGGUAUCAGUCAGAAUGGACUUCAGCGUUAAGAAGUUAGCUUCAGAUGCUGGCGUGUUUUUCAGUAGGGCAGUGCAGUUUACAGAAGAGAAGUUGGGUCAGGCAGAGAAGACAGAACUGGAUGCCCAUUUUGAGAACCUUCUGGCUCGUGCAGACAGCACCAAAAAUUGGACAGAAAAGAUUUUAAGGCAGACUGAGGUUUUGCUGCAACCCAACCCAGGUGCCCGUAUUGAGGAGUUUCUGUAUGAGAAGUUGGACAAAAAGAUACCGGUACGUAACACCAAUGCUGAUCUCUUGGGACAGUAUAUGAUAGAAGCUGCCAAUGAAUUUGGACCAGGAUCACCUUAUGGAAGCACACUAAUUAAAGUUGGAGAGACACAGAAGCAGCUGGGUGGAGCUGAACGGGACUUCAUGCACUCAGCUUCAGUCAAUUUCUUAACCCCACUUCGUAACUUCCUGGAAGGAGACUGGAGAACAAUCUCUAAAGAGAGGCGAUUGCUAGAGAAUCGUCGACUGGAUUUGGAUGCCUGUAAAGCCAGAUUAAAGAAGGCCAAGGCUGCAGAAGCCAAAGCUGCGGCUGUGCCCGAUUUUCAGGAGACUAGACCUCGUAAUUACAUUCUGUCAGCAAGUGCAUCUGCGCUUUGGAGUGAAGAGGUGGAAAAAGCAGAACAUGAACUGCGUGUUGCACAGACCGAGUUUGAUCGCCAAGCUGAGGUGACAAGACUGCUUCUGGAAGGGAUUAGCAGUACCCAUAUGAAUCAUUUGCGCUGUUUGAAAGAGUUUGCAGAAGCACAGGCUACCUAUUAUGCCCAGUGCUACCAGUAUACUUUGGAUCUUCAGAAACAGCUGGGAAGUUCUAAUGGAGAAAUAUUCCCAGGUACUUUCGUGGUUAAUUCACCCCAUGCCUCAUCUCCUCCAGUCAGCCCUACCUCAGCUGCAACCAUCCCUGUUGUUUCAGCUGUGGCAGGAGCAUCUAACAACACCACAACAGUAGACAGUAUGCUGAACUUAAGUGAUGUCAAACCACCAUCCAGUGGGACAAGAAAGGCCCGGGUACUUUAUGACUAUGAUGCAGCUGACAGCAGUGAACUUUCACUGCUUGCAGAUGAGCUGAUUACAGUGUACAGCUUGCCAGGAAUGGAUCCAGAUUGGCUGAUUGCCGAGAAAGGAAAUCAGAAGGGCAAAGUUCCUGUUACCUACUUAGAACUACUUAGCUAAAUCCAUCAUGCUGACUUUGCGCACAGUACUGGACAAGGCCAUGGAAACACUGUUCAAGUAUAUAAUCAAAUAUUUAUAUAAUAAAGACAACUAAUCCUUUUACGACAUUAUUUAUUGUUAUUCUGAUUAUGCUGAAAUAAGACAAAGUUAAAUUUUUCAUUAAAUACAACAGCUACUAACACUGGAAGUAUCCACAACUGUGAUGAUUUUAUUUCUCUCUAGUUUAUUUUUAUUAAUUAUAGUAGAACUGUCUGUUAUGGGUGUUUUAUGCUGCUUUGCUUGUUACUGUUUCUCAUCAUGGCACUCCAUCUGCAUCUAAUUCAUGUUACAAGUAAAACUAUAAUGCAGGAUUUGUUUCAAAAUGCUAGUAUCAAACUUUUUUAUUAAUAAAAUAUGUAUUACCUAAGAUGUUACAUGUGCCCUUUAAAAUAAUUCUGGUGUUCAGUACCGUAUCAGUUUUAUCCUGUUUAUCAGUUAUGUUAUAACGUUAAGAAAAAAAAAACAGCUAUAUUUUUACAUUAGAAAAAUGUGAAAGCUGUUUUGUGCUAGCAACUAAAACCAGGUGAGAUUCAUGUUAAAAGCAUGGUUAAAGCAACUUUACCCUAGUUUUUGUUAACACUGUUUAUUUAAAUGUUCUCGCUAAGAAUGCCUGACAAACAAUUGAGAAACAAUGUUAAAGUAUAGAACGUUUCUUUUUAAUUAAACCCUUUUUACCA